UUACCCAGUUCCAGGCUCAGCAGUUUGCAAGCAGAUUGAAACCAUGGCGAUCCUGAGGGCCCCGCUUCUGCCACUGGGGUUGCUUCUUUGCCUCUGGCUUCUGUGUUCUCCAGCCAGCUGUACAAAUCCCUCUACCCAAUGCAAGCCAUUCUCGUGGGUCACCGCCAAGAAACCCUCAGAAAUCCACAUCAACCCAGAUGUCUAUAAGAGCAACACACUCUACACGGUGUCAACUCACGUGAGUCACGGUAUUAUCUCUGUGGUCUUGGAAGCACGGGACCAGUACCACUUAGUCACUGGCUCCUGGCAAAACCCCAGCCACUAUUGUGAAGGCAGAGCUGAGUACGACUUGAAGGGUAAUUUCAGCACGCUCUUCGAGGCAAAAUGGAUGUCUUCUAAUUCCACGGACAUAACCGAAGUCAAGAUAAACAUCUACUCUCUCAAUUCCCUGAGACGUGGUGAACUUACUUCCGUAAUACUGCCGAGAAAUGGGACACCCUCACCUGUGACCAUCAAGCAGGUCUCAACCAAGCACAUCAUAACGACCCCAACCCACAAACCAACCCUGCCCCACCCGAAACCAACCCCACCCCACCUGAAACCAACCACAGCCCAGGAGAAAACAACCACAACCCACCCCAAGACAACCAAUACCCUCCCCAAGACAACCACAACCCAGCACACACUCCACCCCAAACUAACCACAACCCACAAAAGCUCAGCCAACAGAGCCUUCCUCAGCCCCGUGAGAGAGGCCAUCCAGAUCCUGCUCAUCUUUCUCACCAGCACACUCCUCUUCUAAAAGCAAGCGGAGGGAAUGACUGAUCCUGGCUCCGCUGCACCCUUCUAUGUUCAGUCCCAACCCGGGGCUCUGACCUGUGUGAAUGACUUCUGUGAAUGAUUUGCGCUCUCAGAUGUAAAACUCUCCUGCCACUGCUUCAGAUCCAAAUGGAGACCUGAGGGUCACCUAGACCUGAUCUAGGUAUAACUUGGAAUUCUGGCUCCUCAUUAAAUGUGCUGGCAGCCAGUUCCCUAGCCAAUCUAAACUUCUAUUUAGAUGUGACACCAGUAGCAUCUAAAGGGCAAGAAAAUAACAAUGUACUGUGUCUGAGUAGCCAAGGAUAGUAGAAAGGCAUUCUUUUCUGUCAUACCAAAUAGACUGUACCUCAAACAAGAAUAAUGAAUGUGUUAAAUUCAAAUAUGUCUUUAAUGAGUGAUUCACUGAAAAUACAGAAAAUGUCAUCUAAUUUUAUUCACUUAUGUGAGCAUUAAAAAGAAAUCAAUGGAUUUAAAAUAGAUAACUAAUAAAGACCAGUUGUAUAGCACAGGUAGCCUUACUCAAUAUACCACAGUGACCUAUAUGGGGAAAGAAUCUUACAAAGAGUGGAUAUAUGUAUAUAUAAAACUGAUUCACUUUGCUAUACACCUGAAACUAACACAUUUUAAAUCAACUAUACUCCAAUAAAAAUUUUUUU